CUAUUUUUUCCCCCUCCACAAUCAUCAAUCGGAUCACUGCUCCGCUCCCAAAACCCUGAACCCCACCCAACAGUCAACAUAAUCAAACAUCACCCCUCGACUUUGCUUCACGUAUCCGAUGGAUGAAUAAGUUUGUAGGACAAUUUAGUCCCUGUAGGCAAGUAGAAGAAACCCUAACCUCUUUAAUAUCAAGAUGUAGAGCCCCUUCCCAAAUCCAACGAAUCCAAGGGCGAAUCAUAACCCUCGGCCUCCACCAAAACCCUUACCUCUCCCCCAAAAUCACCUCCAAAUUCUUCGAACUUCAACGCCCGGCUCUCGCCCGCCAGUUGUUCGAUCAAAUUCUCCACCCGAAUGUCGUCCUGUGGAACGUCAUGCUCAAAGGAUUCUCCGAGGCUGGUCUCUGUAGCGACGCUCUCCUUCUCUUCAAUCAAAUGAUGAAGGAGAGGAGAAAAGAUGGGUUCUUUGUUACACCUAGUGCUUAUACCUUCACCUUUGUGAUCAAAUCUUGUGCCUUUUUGUCGGCUUUAAGUGACGGGGAGCAGGUUCAUUGUUUUACUAUCAAGACUGGGUGGUUCAGAUGCAAUAGCUUUGUAGGGACUACACUCAUUGGUAUGUACUCGUCGAGUAUUGACGAGGCGCGCAAGGUGUUUGAGGAAAUGCCGAUAAAGGAUGUUGUAUCACAAACUGCUAUAAUUAGAGCUUAUGUUUGUGCCGGGGAUGUAGAUUCUGCACGUGAGCUCUUUGAUCGAAUGGUGGAUCGUGAUGUUGUGUUGUGGAACACUAUGAUUUCGGGCUACACUGACCAAGGAGACAUGAGACCCGCAAGAGAGCUCUUUGCCCAGAUGCCUAAUCAUGAGCGGGACCCAAUGGCUUGGAACACAGUUUUGCUUGGGUAUGCCAAUGCUGAUGGUGGUCUUGUAGAUGAAUGCGAGAGAUUCUUCUUUGAGGAGAUGCCUGGUGAAAAGAAGAAUAUCUUUUCUUGGAAUGGGUUGAUUGGAGUGUACUCUCGUCAUGGCCGAUUUUCUCGCACCCUAGUUGCAUUCAAACAGAUGCUCAAUUGUGCUGUUGAGCCCAAUGAUGCCAGCAUGGCGUUAGUUCUCUCCACUUGCGCGAAGACUGGGGCUUUGAGCUUUGGGAAAGGGAUUCAUUCAUAUGCUUCCAAAAGACACCAUGGAUUAUUAAUAUCCUUAUGUGUAACAAAUGGACUCAUAGAUGUGUAUUCCAAAUGUGGAUGCAUAGAAGAUGCUAAAAAUCUUUUUCAUACCAUGGAGAAAAAGACAAGAGAUGUGGUCACUUGGAACUCGAUGAUUAAUGGCCUUGCAUCACACGGACAUGGGAUUGAUGCAAUAGAGCUCUUUGAGCAAAUGGUGAACGGAGAAAAUUAUAGACCUGAUGGCAUCACAUUUGUUGGAGUUCUUAGUGCUUGUGUGCAUUCGGUGGGUCUUGUUGAGAGAGGGAUUGCCUACUUUAGGUCCAUGGUUGAGAAUUACAUGAUCGAUCCAUGGAUCGAGCAUUAUGGGUGUGUGGUUGAUCUCCUUAGUCGAGCCGGUUUGGUUUAUGAAGCUUUUGGUCUUGUGAGGAUAAUGCCCAUGUCAUUGGAGCCUGAUUGCGUUAUUUGGAGCACAAUUUUAGGGGCUUGCCAACAAAAACUUGAUGAGCAUGGACACAAAUAUGAGCAUCAAAGACAAAUUCUGAUUGUUGCUGAGCUUGCAAUGAGUCGGUUAGUGAGAUUAGAACCAGAGGAUGUCACACAUUAUGUGAUGCUUUCCAAAAUAUAUGGUGCAUGCCGGAGAUGGGCAGAUGUUGCCAGAUUGAAGCAGGUUGUCCACAAAAUGUGCAAUUUGGAGGGCAAUCAUCGUGGAUUGAGUUGGGUUCAAGUGGACUCUCAUUGUCAUGAGUUCUGCUCUUCAGAUUCAAGGCAUUCAGGAACUGAAGUGAUUUAUGAAACAUUGAACACGUUGAGAGACAUGUCAAUUCCAGCUGCAAUACCGGAAUUUGCUUCAUCUUCGUGAAAGUUAGCUUGUCAAUCCAACUCCUCCAUGAACUUAUCAAAUGUCUAUUUGUAUACUAUAUUUCUUUAGAGGGGAAAUUAUUUUUGGACUAAAAAAUAUGAGACCAAUUAUGGAACGAGUAAAAUGUUCCCUUUGUUAGCCAUUUCUUCAUCUUGGGUAGAAUUCAAGAAAAUAAAUAGAGAGAUA